AUGGCACCUAAUUCCGCACAAAGUCUCGAUCGACAGGAAAGACUCACGGAUGUGCUAAAAAGAGAUGAAGCACAAUGGAAAGAUGAUUGUUUACCGUGUCGACUCACUGGAUCCUUCGCAUUUAUCGGCCUCGGAAUCUACAGUUACUUCUCCGGACAAUCCCAAUUAAAGGCCCAAGAAGCGAAGAUUCUAAAGAGCAAGUCUAUGUUUGGUAUGAAGAGUCGGCAAACUGGUAUUACUGGUAUUGCAUUGACACUCGUUGGAAUGGGACUUUGGAGACUGAAAAAUUAG